AUGGCCGCUAUUAAGGCCACCAGGUCCAAGGAUGCCACUUCGAAAAUAAAAUUGAUACGGCAAAAACAAUGCCGUCGCAAAACAAGUCUGAUGAAAAAGGCAUGCGAAUAUAGUAGGAUGUGCAGCGCAGAUGUGUGCGUAGGUAUUCGCAUGCGGGAGACCGGUCAGGUGCAUAUCUUGUCGGCGGAUGCUUCGGGCUUUUGGGCUUUUCUUACUUCGCAAUUGAGCUCUCAUUACCCGACUCCGACUGUGAUGACAGAUCGUGAUUUGGAGAAAACCAGGGAGGAGACAGUUUUCAGGGAGCAACGAUAG